UCCUCCUCCCCUUCCAGUCUCCCCUCUAUAAUUUCACAGCUCGUCACCACCUCCGAUCUGACAUUACGUCUCACUAUGGAAGCCGACUCCACUCUGAGGCUUUGGGGUUGAGCGCAAACAUCAAUCAUCCUCUCUUUCACGUCCACUUGGUCCAAUCCAAACCCACCGCGCCUCGAUUAUGCUUAUGCUACAACAACUACAGAAAUAAUGGAGGACAAAGAAACCCAAAUCCUUUCCCGCCUGGCCGCAAACCACCUCUUCCUCGGCCAAUUCGAGCCCCUCCGAGCCAUCCUCAUCGCUCUCCGCGCCCGAAACCCCGCCCUCGCCCUCGCCGUCCUCCAGACCAUAGUCGCCCACUCCGGUCGCUUCGACAAUGUUCUAUGGUCCCCGUCCUGCCCUUCCCCGGCAAUCCUCGCUUACCUCUCCACCGUCGAGCUCUUGCAAUUUGACGACGCCUCCUCCGCCUGGGGAUUCGAUCCCGAAACGCUGCGGUUGCGCGCCGAGUUUCUGCUGCUGGUUCAGAGCUUGAUCGAUAGGGUUUCGGAGAGCUUGCGGAGGAGUUUCGAUUUGGAGAGCAUAGAGAAGGAGAAGGAGAAGAGUGAUGGUUUCGAAGAGCGGGCGGAGUUGAUGGAUGAUACGAUGAGCAAGGAGUUGAGAGACGGCGGUGGUGAAUUGGAGAGCUGUGUUAGGGUUUUGGAUAGAGUGUUGGAAUUGGGGGUGAGUAGGUUGAAGCCGGAAUCUUUACUAGUAGGGAAUGGUGAUCAGGCUGUGGAAAUUGAGGAAGGCGAGUUCAUGUGCUUGAGGAGUGUGGUGUGGGAGUAUGCUGAUGUUUUCGAUGCCUUGUGUUGGAAUGUACAGAGGCAAGUGAGGGGUUGGGAGGGAGAUGAUGCUUCCGGUUUGGCCAUAACUGUGAGGAGGGAUGACAUGCCGAAAGAGGAGGAUGUGAAGGUUCUUCGUUUGAUACAGAUGAGUGUUCAGUUAGCUCACUUGGAUGCUAUGAGAGAGUGCAUCAAGGAUGGUGAAGUGGAUGGAGUGGUUUCGCGGAUUCGGUUUCUUCACCUUGAUUAUGGAGUGGAGGAGACUGAGUAUCGCAUUGCUUUGCAAGAUCUCCUCAAGAUGGUGUCAUCAGGAAAGGAGGGAUAUGGAGAUUCCUGGCAAGACAUGCGAGAAAUAUUACUGCAGAUUUAUAGUGCAGCUCUUGCUUCAAACUCUGGGCAUCUUGUUCAAAUGAUACAAGUUCUGCAGGAUGAGUUGCUCUCGAAAGAGAUUGAGAUAUAUAGAUCUCUUGAUAACAAUCAAAUUCCGCCACCUCUUGAACGUCUUCAAAGAUAUCUUGAAGAAUUAAGACCUGGCACAGAUGUAAAUGAUAAAACUUCUCCCUUCAAUAGUGUAGUUGCAUUUUGCAUGAGAGACAUGUACCAUUAUGCUCGUGUUUCUGGUUUACACCUGCUUGAAUGUGUCAUGGAGACAGCUUUGUCUGUGGUGAAGAGGGAGCAGCUUCAGGAAGCUAGCAAUAUUCUUUUAUUGUUCCCCCGUCUUCAGCCCCUAGUAGCUGCCAUGGGUUGGGAUUUACUGUCUGGCAAAACUGCAGCUCGAAGGAAAUUAAUGCAACUGCUGUGGAAAACUAAGUCGCAGGUUUUACGGCUGGAAGAAUCUUCCCUUUAUAGUAACCAGUCAGAUGAGAUAUCUUGCGUGGAAUAUCUUUGUGAUUCUUUAUGUUAUCAACUAGAUCUUGCCUCAUUUGUGGCCUGUGUUAAUUCUGGUCAAUCAUGGAAUUCAAAAUUGUCACUGACAUUGUCUGCAAAAGACCAAAUAGCAUACAAUGGUGAAGAUACCCAGUUAGACCCUUUUGUUGAAAACUUCGUACUGGAAAGGCUUUCCGCUCAAAGUCCUCUUCGGGUACUGUUUGAUGUUGUUCCAGGCAUAAAAUUUCAGGAUGCUAUUGAAUUGAUAAGCAUGCAGCCAAUUGCUUCAACUUUAGAAGCCUGGAAGAGGAUGCAGGAUAUUGAACUUAUGCACAUGCGGUAUGCUCUAGAUUCAGCCAUUCUUGCACUUGGAGUGAUGGAAAAGAGUAUGACCACUGAAAGUCAUCAAGUUUCAUUUUGCUAUUUAAAAGACCUGCAGAACCAUUUGGAGGCUGUAAAUACUAUCCCCCGCAAGAUCAUGAUCGUGAAUGUCAUAAUUUCGCUCUUGCAUAUGGAUGAUCAGUCUCUCAAUUUGAAUCAUUGCGCCUCACCAACGAGUUAUUCUGAAGCACACUACACAUGUGCUUCAGAACAGAUCAAUCUGACUACAUGUGAAGGGGGAAAUGAAUUGGUUAUAUCUUUCACAGGCAAACUACUUGAGAUAUUACAUCACUGUCUUCCUUCAACGAUAGCGGACCGUGAUCAUGCUCUUAGUGAUGGUAUAAAUAGGGGUGGAAGACAAGCAGUGGAGUGGAGAGUGUCAAUUGCUAAACACUUUAUUGAAGAGUGGGAAUGGCGGUUGUCAAUUUUCCAGCGUCUCCUUCCAUUAUCUGAACGUCAGUGGAAAUGGAAGGAAGCAUUGACAGUAUUACGUGCUGCACCAUCUAAGCUACUUAACCUUUGCAUGCAAAGGGCAAAGUAUGACAUCGGGGAAGAAGCAGUGCACCGAUUCUCAUUGUCUGCAGAAGAUAGAGCUACACUUGAAUUAGCUGAAUGGGUAGAUAGUGCUGUCAGAAGACAGUCGGUAGAAGAUGUAGUCUCUCGUGCUGCUGAUGAUGGAACUUCUACAGUACAUGAUCUGGAUUUUUCAUCAUUACGCUCUCAAUUAGGUCCUUUGGCUGCAAUUCUUCUUUGUAUUGAUGUUGCUGCUACUUCGGCACGGUCUGCAAAGAUGUCCCAGCAGCUUUUGGAUCAGGCUCAAGUUAUGCUGUCUGAGAUAUAUCCAGGAGUUUCUCCAAAGAUGGGCUCCACGUACUGGGAUCAGAUUCUUGAAGUGGGAGUUAUUUCUGUUCUAAAAAGAAUCCUCAAGCGUUUACAUGAGUUCUUGGAUCAGGAUGAUCCUCCAGCCCUUCAGGCCACUCUGUCUGGGGAGAUUUUCAUCUCCUCGCCAAAGGACUCCCACCGACUGGGACAACGGGAACGUGUUCUUGAUAUGCUACAUCAUAUGAUUGAAGAUGCUCACAAAGGCAAGCGACAGUUUCUUAGUGGUAAGCUCCAUAAUCUUGCAAGAGCUGUGGCUGAUGAAGAAUCAGAGCUCAAUUUUUCUAAAGGAGAAGGCCCUUCUGUUGACCAAAAGGUUCUAUCCGAUUAUGACAAGGAUGGAGUUCUUGGACUGGGGUUAAGAGUUGCCAAACAGAUACCUUCAAGUUCCACAGUUGGAGAAACUAGUGUGCAGCCUGUUGUUUAUGAUGUAAAGGACAGUGGGAAGAGAUUGUUUGGUCCAUUAAGUACCAAACCCAUGACAUAUCUUUCACAAUUUAUUCUUCACAUUGCUGCAAUUGGUGACAUAGUUGAUGGCACAGAUACAACUCAUGAUUUCAACUUUUUCUCCCUCGUGUAUGAGUGGCCCAAGGAUCUUUUAACCCGUCUUGUCUUUGACCGGGGCAGCACUGAUGCAGCUGGUAAGGUAGCUGAGAUUAUGUGUGCAGAUUUUGUGCAUGAAGUAAUUUCAGCAUGUGUACCUCCUGUUUAUCCCCCACGAUCUGGGCAUGGAUGGGCCUGUAUUCCAGUCAUUCCCACCUUCCCUAAGAGUGGUUCGGAAAAUAAAGUAUUGUCCCCAUCUUUCAAAGAAGCUAAGCCUAAUUGUUACUCGCGCUCUUCAUCUUUGCCUGGAAUCCCUCUGUACCCUUUGCAGUUAGAUAUAGUAAAACAUUUGGUCAAACUAUCCCCAGUGAGGGCAGUCCUGGCAUGUGUAUUUGGGAGUAGCAUUUUGUACAAUGGCAGUAAUUCUUCUAUAUCGAGCUCCUUGGAUGAUGGACUUCUACAGGCACCAGAUGUUGAUCGGUUGUUUUAUGAGUUUGCUCUUGAUCAAUCUGAGAGGUUCCCAACUUUAAACCGAUGGAUACAAAUGCAAACUAACCUGCAUCGAGUUUCAGAGUUUGCUGUAACGAUUAAGCAAACUGACGAUGGUGGUGAGACUAGAGGUGAAGCAAGAGCUGCUAUCAAGAGGCUUCGUGAGCUUGACAGUGAUACUGAGUCAGAAGUUGAUGAUGUUGUUGGUAAUAGUGUUUCAACAGCUUUACCAGACCUCGAUAGCCAAGGUGGUACUGCUCUUGAUUCAUGGCGUGAUUCUUCUAAAUCGGAUGUUGCUGAGUUUGACACUUCAGUUUUCCUUUCUUUUGAUUGGGAAAAUGAAGAACCUUAUGAGAAAGCUGUACAAAGAUUGAUAGAUGAUGAAAAACUUAUGGAUGCUCUUGCUCUUUCCGAUCGCUUUCUACGCAAUGGAGCUUCAGAUCAACUACUUCAGCUACUCAUUGAACAUGGGGAAGAGAACCAGUCAGUCUCUGGACACUCUCAGGGUUAUGGUGGCAAUAGCAUUUGGAGCACUAGUUGGCAGUAUUGCCUGCGGUUGAAGGAUAAACAAGUGGCUGCCAGACUUGCUCUCAAGUGUAUGCAUGGAUGGGAACUGGAUGCUGCUUUAGACGUACUCACCAUGUGCAGCUGCCACCUGCCUCAAAGUGACCCCAUUAGGGAGGAGGUCAUGUAUAGGAGACAAGCUUUGCAGAGGUACAGCCACAUUCUAAGUGCAGAUGACCAUUAUAGCAGCUGGCAAGAGGUUGAGGCAGAGUGUAAGGAAGAUCCUGAGGGGUUGGCACUUAGAUUAGCUGGAAAAGGAGCUGUUUCUGCUGCCUUAGAAGUGGCUGAAAGCGCGGGGUUAUCCAUUGAUUUGCGUAGGGAACUGCAGGGCCGGCAACUUGUGAAGCUUUUGACUGCAGAUCCUCUCAAUGGGGGAGGUCCAGCAGAAGCUUCACGAUUUCUUUCUUCAUUGCGCGACUCAGAUGAUGCUCUACCAGUUGCCAUGGGUGCGAUGCAGCUUUUACCUGAUUUGCGGUCAAAGCAGCUUCUUGUUCAUUUCUUCCUGAAGCGGAGAGAAGGGAAUCUUUCAGAUGUUGAGGUUUCUCGGCUUAAUUCAUGGGCCUUGGGGCUUCGUGUUCUGGCUGCCUUGCCAUUGCCAUGGCAGCAAAGAUGUUCUUCCUUGCAUGAGCACCCUCAUUUGAUACUUGAGGUUCUUCUGAUGAGGAAACAACUACAAUCUGCUGCUUCGAUUCUCAAAGAAUUUCCUUUGUUGAGAGACAAUAAUGCACUUAUUGCCUAUGCUACUAAAGCUAUUGCAAUCAGUAUUAGCUCUCCCCCUAGAGAACAUCGAGUAUCUGUUUCGGGGACAAGAUUAAAGCAGAAAACAAGAACAGGUGCACCUGUGAAGUCUUCUUUCACUAGCAGUCUCAGUAACUUGCAAAAAGAAGCUCGCAGAGCUUUCUCUUGGGCUCCACGAAAUAGUGGAGACAGGUCCACCCCGAAAGAUGGUUACCGUAAGAGAAAGAGUUCUGGAUUGACACCCUCUGAAAAAGUAGCUUGGGAGGCCAUGGCUGGAAUCCAGGAGGAUCGUGCUUCAACAUAUUCUGUUGAUGGGCAAGAACGGCUUCCUUCAAUUUCAAUAUCUGAAGAAUGGAUGCUAACUGGUGAUCCAUUGAAGGAUGAAGCCGUUCGUGCAUCUCACCGAUACGAGAGUGCUCCUGACAUAACGCUUUUCAAGGCACUGCUUUCUCUAUGCUCAGAUGAUUCUGUGUCUGCAAAAACUGCAUUGGAUUUGUGCGUAACUCAGAUGAAGAAUGUACUGAGUUCCCAACAAUUGCCAGAGAAUGCAUCUGUGGAAACCAUUGGCCGAGCAUAUCAUGCCACAGAGACGUUUGUACAGGGGCUACUUUAUGCUAAAUCACUGUUGAGAAAGCUUGUGGGCGGCAGUGAUUUGUCGAGUAAUUCUGAAAGAAGUAGGGAUGCUGAUGAUGCAUCUUCUGAUGCUGGUAGCUCUAGUGUGGGUAGUCAGUCCACAGAUGAGCUAUCUGAAGUUCUGUUGCAGGCAGACACUUGGCUAGGACGUGCUGAGCUGCUUCAGAGCCUUCUGGGAUCAGGAAUUGCUGCUUCUCUAGAUGAUAUUGCGGAUAAAGAGUCAUCUGCCUCUCUUCGUGAUAGGCUGAUUGUGGAAGAACGGUACAGCAUGGCCGUAUAUACAUGUAAAAAGUGCAAGAUUGAUGUGGUUCCUGUUUGGAAUGCAUGGGGACAUGCUUUGAUUCGGAUGGAGCACUAUGCACAAGCUCGCGUGAAGUUCAAGCAAGCUCUUCAGCUGUACAAAGGUGAUCCUGCUCCUGUUAUUCUUGAGAUAAUCAAUACAAUUGAAGGAGGUCCGCCAGUUGAUGUUUCAGCUGUUCGUUCCAUGUAUGAACAUUUGGCUAAAAGUGCACCAACAAUCUUGGAUGAUUCUCUUUCUGCUGAUUCAUAUCUCAAUGUGUUAUACAUGCCAUCCACAUUUCCUCGUUCAGAGAGAUCCAGGCGUUCUCAGGAAUCUGCAAAUAACAGCUCCGCAUAUAUGUCAGCCUUUGAAGAUGGACCACGCAGCAACUUAGACAGUGUUCGUUAUGUUGAGUGUGUCAACUAUUUACAAGAGUAUGCCAGGCAGCAUUUGCUCAAUUUCAUGUUCAGGCAUGGCCACUAUAAUGACGCUUGCGUGUUGUUCUUUCCUCAAAAUGCUGUUCCCCCUCCUCCUCAGCCAUCAGUAGCAGGGGUGGCAUCCUCAUCUUCAUCCCCUCAAAGACCAGAUCCGCUAGGAACUGAUUAUGGGACCAUUGAUGAUUUGUGUGAUUUAUGUGUUGGUUAUGGCGCAAUGCAUGUUUUAGAAGAAGUGAUCUCAGUAAGAAUGUCAUCUACAACCCCACAAGAUGUGGCAGUGAUCCAGCAUACAGCUGCAGCCCUUGCUCGUAUUUGUGUCUACUGUGAAACACAUAGGCAUUUCAAUUAUUUAUACAAGUUUCAGGUUAUUAAAAAGGACCAUGUCGCUGCUGGACUGUGCUGCAUCCAACUUUUUAUGAACUCUUCUUUGCAAGAGGAAGCUAUAAAACAUUUGGAAAAUUCCAAGAUGCACUUUGAUGAAGCGCUAUCAGCACGGUACAAAGGUGGGGAUUCUACUAAGCUUGUGACGAAGGGUGUUAGAGGAAAAAGUGCCUCUGAAAAGCUCACUGAAGAAGGACUCGUCAAGUUUUCUGCUCGGGUAUCAAUUCAGGUUGAAGUUGUGAGAUCCUAUAAUGAUUCAGAUGGACCCCAUUGGAAACAUUCACUUUUUGGAAACCCAAAUGACUCCGAAACAUUCAGGAGAAGGUGUAAAAUUGCUGAAUCUCUUGUGGAAAAGAACUUCGAUUUGGCUUUCCAAGUGAUUUAUGAAUUCACCCUUCCAGCUGUGGAUAUAUAUGCUGGUGUAGCUGCAUCACUUGCUGAGAGAAAAAAAGGUAGUCAGCUGACAGAAUUUUUUAGAAACAUUAAAGGGACCAUUGAUGACGAUGAUUGGGACCAGGUCUUGGGAGCUGCAAUUAAUGUAUAUGCUAACAAACACAAAGAACGCCCUGACCGUCUUAUAGACAUGUUGACCAGUAGCCACAGGAAGGUUCUGGCUUGUGUGGUUUGUGGACGUCUAAAAAGUGCAUUCCAAAUUGCUUCUCGUAGCGGAAGUGUCGCUGAUGUCCAAUAUGUAGCUCAUCAGGCAUUGCAUGCGAAUGCGCUUCCUGUACUCGAUAUGUGUAAACAAUGGUUGGCUCAGUAUAUGUGAUUUGUUGCUCGAGGAAAUCAAGCUGAUCCAAAUUAGUGUUGGCUUGCUCACAUUUAUGCAGACUGCUGUACUGAGAGCCAUGGACACUGAUCACGCUACCGGAUUCAGUUGGUGCUGUUACUUAAUAACAACGUGCUGAUAACUGGUGAUGCAUGAACUUUGACUUAGAUCACGAGGCUUUUUCAACUUCAUUGGUUGCUAGGUCCUGCCACACAUCUUGUUUCAUAUUGUCAGCACUAGCCUGCUGCGAUUUGCUAAAGCUGCUCUUGAAGAAUGGAGUUAACUCCAUUUCAUGAAAAAGCUCCAAAGUUUAGCCCCAAGUUUGGAAACAAGCAAAGAGAAGAAAUUAUACAUCAUAAGGCUGACUGGAAAGUGAAAUUGAUUCAUGCAAGCACACCAGAAGUUGCUCGCAUGCUAACGAAGUAACGAGAGUGACACUGCUUGGAAAAGUAUGGUACAUUGUCGUCAUUUGUAGUGGUAGUAGAUAGGUAGGAUUUUGUAACUGAAAACUAGGAUUGAAGGCUUAGUUGAAUGGAAUUAGAUCGAGUCGAUCUGCUGCUGUAGCUAUGAGAAUAACAUUAGAAUGACUUGUAUAUAGUUUAAUGAAAAAGAAAAACUUUUUCCUUGGUGGUGAA